CGGCGGCUCGGUCCCGACGACGGUGCUUGAAAAAAUGCUGCGGUUCUGGAGGUGGCCGAGGAGCUCUACCUUGUCAAACGCCUUAUCCGUGAGUAAAACAGAUCCGUGGAAAUGAAAAAAAGACGGUCGUGGAGAUGAACGUGCACAUGGACUGCGACGGCUGCGAGAAGCGUGUGAGGAAGGCCAUGUCCCGGCUCGAAGGUGUGAGCUCGGUGGAGAUCGACAUGGACCGGCAGAAGGUGACGGUGACGGGGUACGUCGACCGGCGGGAGGUGCUGCGGGCGGCGCGGCGGACCGGGAGGGCGGCGGAGUUCUGGCCUUGGCCCUACGACGCCGAGUACUACCCGUUCGCGAUCCAGUACCUGGUGGACGACACCUACUUGCCCACCGACAGGUACUACCGCCACGGCUACAACGAUCCCAUGAUCGGAUCCUACCCUUGUCACGCCUUCACGCACGUCCUCGACGACGCCGCCCUCGCCGUCUUCCACGAGGACAACGUCCACGCCUGCGCCCUAAUGUGAUGCACGGAGGACCUAACUGAAGAAGAAAACACCGUAACUGCUAUUCAGCUAUUCACAAGUUACUUUCGUUAUGCUCUCAGAAAACAAGAGUUAGUCCCGUCUUAAAAAUUAUCAGCAUAGGUGUGGUCGAUAACAAAAUUGCUGCUGUGAACACCGUAAAGAAGAAGAAAGAAAACUGCUUUAACAUUGUAAAAAAGCCGAAACGGCUGAUUUAUUGUGAGAGGAAAAUACUGUUUGAUGGCUGAUAAGCCGGCUGAAUAAGCUGAAGCGAACAGGCCGAAGAUUGCUGCUGUGUAAAUUUGACUUUGUUCAAAGCCAGUGGCUGGUAUUAGUCAGCAAAAGGUAUCUGUUUGUUUUCUCCAGCAGAUUGGAAUCAGUGGAUGACACGGGGAGUAGCAAAAAGGAAGCACUGUUCUUGCAGAGUUGCAGUUGCCCAAUGGCCCCGCCAAAAACUGAUAAUAAACUCGUAGCAUGAAUAUAUUCCCAAUUCUGGACCUGGUUCCUGGAAGAUAUUUAUGUCAUACACCAGCAGGGCAUGACAUGAACAAUGUCCGAAUAUGCCUUAUCCUUAAACACUUGAUCUGAUGGAUUAGUACGCUGAGGUACGACAGGUUGAUUUUGCAUACAGCAA